GCCGGGCAGAAACCAGGAUGCCAGCGGGGGCGUACCUCGUGGGCGCGAUGCCGCCGGUCUGGGCGGAGCGGGCGGCGCGCCUGUACGAGCAUAGCAUUUCGCUUGCGGGUCUUCUCGUCAUCGUCCUCAUCGCCGCCGACUCGAUCGUCAACAACUGGGCGUUCAACCACUUCCUCGGGAACGGCCUCUUCUUCACGACGCCGCUCGUCGCCAGCGACACGCUCGAGGGCCUCAGCGACCAGUACACGUUCUUGAAGGGCGCGUCACUGAGCUCCAUCUCGAACGCCGGCACGCGCAUGGCCAACUAUACCGUGACCAACCUCGUGACGAAGAGCGACCGCAUCUACGUCAUUUCGGCCGGGUCGUUCCCGCUGACGCCAGCAACGAACCUCUGCCCGAUCUUUCAAGGCGAGUACGCUAUCGACUUGAGCGUAGCGACGAACGUGCGCUUGGCGCUCGUCCAGGACACCAUCACGUUUUACCGCGGCAAUGCCAUCACGCACGCCUUCACCGACGACGAGACCAGCAACGUCGGCAACACAUCGAUGCGCAGCGACGCACUGAUCGAGCGCGGGUACCUUGCGGGGCGGUCGGCUGUCGACAUGCGCUUCACGACCAAACUCUUGCUGGACGCGACGGCGACGCCGCAGAAUUUUGUCAUGAAGUACUACCGCAUCUUCCCGCGCAACUUUUGCUCGGGCUGCGACCCGGUCGCAGAGCUCGGGUACGGCGUCUGCAACGUCACGUACAGCUACAAUGCGACCGAAAAGAAGGUCGUGAUUGCCAAGAGCUCCUUUGUCGACGGGUCAGUCUACAACGUCGGGCUCAUGAUGACCAACAGCACAUUUGGCGUCAUCGCGCUCUAUGUCAAGCUCGUUGGUAUCUUCUUUGGCGUCGGCGGGUACCUCGCGAGCCGCCGGACCGUGCAGUGGCAGGAGGUCGACAUCACCAAGUCCGACUCGUUCGCCGCGCGGGUCUUGCGGACGGUCGCGCCAAAGUACUUUCCCCAUGCGUCCCACGCCCUCCGCUACGAUAUGUUUUGCUACAACUCGGACAUCUUUGUGUUUAGCUACGCGGUCAGCGUCCUCCUCGACAUUCAAAACUGCCUUAUCUUUAUGCGCAACGUCAACUUGUACAACAAUUUGAGCCCGCAGUUUCUCUACUCGCUGCAGAUGUUUUGCUGCAGCAUGCGUCUUCUCUGGGUCAACUGCGCCGUCCUCAAGAUCUGCAAGAUCCUCUGGAACCUCCUUGGCACCGUCUCGUACAACGGCCAAAGCGCGGUCAUGGGCUCUCUCAACUUGAGCAGCGUCACGUCGCUGUACCUCAGCGCCGUCCUCCUCAUCUACAUGCCGCCGUUCAUCGAGUACAACAACAAUACGUCGAUCGCGCUCAAGAACUCGGUCGAGAAGCUCGACGGUCUCCGCGUCGACGUCUUUGACGGCUUCUACAUCCGAGUCGCCGGCUCGAUCGUGCUCGGCAUGCUCGUCAACCUCGGCCUCAUCACGGCGCUCGACCAUCUCUGGAACUUUAAACAUUGGAAGCUGCUGCGGAAGCACUCGCUCGCGCGCCAAGCGAUGUACAAUUCGUCGUCGAUCGUCUGCGACUACCUCGACGGCAUCGAAGUCGAGGCCGAGGGCAAGGCAGGCGGCGCCCUUCUCCUCUGCCGCGCGCGCCGCCUCAGCACGCUCCAGUGGUUCUUCAUGAGCCAUCUCACGUGCUUUGGGCUGCCAGAGAAGGAGAUGCGCAACAAGCGUGUCGCCAAGACCACGCUGCAGAACACGGCGCACUCGAUGCAGCACGACGAGGUCGACGCCAAAGGCAUCGGCAACGACGACCUCCGCGACACGUCGUACUUGGUCGUCCAGGACGGCGACCCCAACAUCCACCUCUUGGACCCGAUGCUCAACGACGUGACGAGCCUCGUGUACAACAUCAAAAUUCUCAAAAACACCUCGGUCACCAUCAAGUGAGGCGCUCGAUAGAUUGAUACUCUUCGCUGUCCAAAGUCACAUAA